AUGAGUGGUGAUUUAUUGUCGAGAGAGCAUCUAGUUGCUCUGGUAAGUCUCAAAGUACUCCGAUUUAUAGAAAAAAUGAAUUUUUCAGCGAAAAAAUGGUGGUCGCAGUCGAACAACUUCGCUUCAAAGUUUCUGCUCCGGUCAAAACGAGUCAAUUUCCGAAGAAGACAAUCACUUGGAGUUGCUCGUCGAUUAUCCGCAACAAAAGGGGCGAUAUCGAUUGAAUAACGCGCGCAACAACAGCGAUUCCACGUUGUCAAAGAGUUUUCGCCGAAAAGUGAAGAAACUCGCGCAAAAAGACCGAAAGAAUCGAAAUAUCGCGACGGAAGAUGUGUUUUCAGCUGAAGAUGACAUCGAAGUUCCACGAGGUGCACCUGUUGCUCCAUCAAAGCUCAAAAAAUCGCGAGCAUUGGAUUGUCUAGUGACUGGAACGGCAAAAAGUGUGGCAGGUGAAUGUGUCGAUUUGGAGACAGCUAAAGGGCAUUUGGGAAAUGUCCGAAUGAAGGUUUUUGCGGCAAGAACUGCGAUGGAUUUGGAGCCACGAUUAUUGGAGAAAACCAAGAAGAUAUUGGAGCAAAAGAAUAAUAUGAUUCUUGGUGGAAUGCAAGAUUCACCUGGCGCAUUUUCACUCCACGCCGCCUAUAAACUCGCCUCCUCCCCCUCCAUUUCCACUCAACAAGGUGAAGGCAAGAAGAUCAGCAAAGAAGCGAUGGCGAAUUUGGUUCGCAAAUCAUACGAUGACACAGAAAUCACACAAGAGUUGCUUUUCUCAACAAAAUUCGAUGGAAAAUGGAAGGGAAAAUAUACGGAUAUCUACAUGCGGCGUGAUGAAAAUGGCCAAAAACCCAAACGACCGGUGAAUGGGCAAGGUUGGGUGAUGCCGUUGAAGAGUAUUUGCGAGAAGUUUGGGAUUGGGUCGGAAUUCUUCACGGAUCAUCGGAGAAUGGAUUUGGCGACGGCUAGGAAUCAGGUUUUGCUGAUGAGAUUGAUGUCGAAAGAUCAAUCGAGCACCUGGAUUUCGUCGAUUCAUCCAAAUGUUAUGAAGUUAGUAAAGGAGAUUGGUUUUCUAGUCCUCUAACAAGGAAACUGUUGCAAUUGCAAUUUAGAUUUUUUGAUGAAAUAUAAGUUUUCUAGUAGUUUUCGACCAGCUAAUCACGAUUCCGCUGUCUAAAAUUGCAGAACUCAACUUCUGAUAUGAGUUAUGACGUGGCAAAAUUGGAAAGUUUCGAAAAUUUGGGACUUUAGGAGGACAGAACUCGCCUUGAAAACUAUUUUCAUGAAAAUCUGAUAGCAUAGGGUUGUUCAGGAGGCUCGAUUACAUAAUUUCAAAAAAAUCCAAAUGAUUUUUCAAACGUUUGAAAUUUGCCACAAACAUUGCAAAAUUUGAAACUUUUGAAACAUUUUUUGGAUUUUUGUAUGAACCUUUUAAACUUAUGUAAUCGAACCUGCUGAACAACGCUAUGCUAUCGGAUUUUAAUGAAAAUAAUUUUGAAGACGAGUUCUGACCCUCCAAAGUCCCAAAUUUUCCAAUUUUGCCACGUCAUAACUCAUGUUAGAAGUCGAGCUAUGCAGUUUUAGACAGUGGAAUCGUAAUCAGCGGGUGCAAAACUACUAGAAAACAUAUAUUUCAUUAGAAAUCUCGAUUGAAAGGUGAAAACGUUCCCCUGUGAAUAAUAUUUUUGUUUCAGAAACGAAGAACUCGCCAAAUAUGCUCUCCAUGAUUUGGACUCGACAACAAUGACGAAACGAAUUCAAGCGUUCCGUGCCAGUAUUUUGGCGGAUCGAGAUCGCAUCAAAGUUGCUGGACAAUGUAAGGCCAUUCUUGGAAUUUUGAUGAAAAAUGCUAUAAUUAUGGGCUAUAAUUUUUUGAUUUUUUUUUUGAAAAUGAUGAUGAUCAGAGAACAAAUGUCUAGGGAAAAACCGGAAAUCACGAAAACAAACUAGAUUUUUUUGCAGUCUACAAUAAUAUUCGAAUCGGAAAACGAAUGUUUGGCGCUGCUCGUAAAGCCAAAUACACAUCGACAAUUAUCGGAGGAAUGGAGAGACGUUUCGAAAUUCUCGACAAUUCGGUCAAUCACAUUCCAUUCACCCAUUUCGAAUCGGAUAAGAAUCAAGAGAAAUGUCGAAAUCAACGAGUUCAUUGCAAGGAUUCGACACGUGUUUCGUUGGAUUUUCCGAGAGGAAAUUUGGGAGAUGGAGGAGAGGAAUUGGGUGAUUUUAUUCAUGCGAAUCGCAUUUCUGGAGGACCGCUUUUUAAUGAGUUUAUUUUGACACAAGCGCCCAUGGAUAAUACUGUUGGUGAGUUUUGGAAGCCGGAGAUUAUGAGCAAAAUGUUCAAAUUUUGAGGAAUAACACUCAAAAUCCACCGUUUACUUAAAAAAAAUUGAAGUUGAACAUAAAUUUCAAAAUUUCAGUUCAAAUUUGAAAAAAUCUGUUUUGAAGUCAUAAUUUUUUCAAACAUUUUUUUGAAAAAUAGAGAAAAUCAGUAUUUUUUUCCAAAUUGAAGCUAAAAAAUCAUUGAAAAUAAUUAAAAAAAAAAAAAAAAUUUUACAGUUUUCAGAAAAUUGUAAAAUUUAUGAAUUUUUUUCAUAAAUUUCGAAAUAGAAAAAUGAACCUUUGACAAAAUCUUUAGAAAAUCUCAUUUUUUUCAAAAAAAUGAUUUGAGCUCAAAAAAUCUGGAAAAGCAUAAAAAAAGAGAGAAUUGAAAUCCAAUUUUUUUUUCAAAUUUUUUGAAUAAAAUUUAUGAUCCGGCAACGAAAAUUAUAAGCACUUUUAAAAAUUUUGGUGGCCGAGAAAUGUCGGGAAUUCGGCCAAACGCGCUCCAACAAUGAGAAUUAUUGCAACAUUAGAGCGAGUUUGUUGGUUUGGCCGAAUUCCCGACAAUUCUCGGCCACUAGAAUAGUUCGGCCACAUAUAUCUUUUCAUUUUUUCUGAAAAGUGCGUUUUGAGUUUUAUUCCUCAAUAUUUGAACAUUUUUAAAAUUGAAAUUUCAGGGUACCUUUAUAAAAUUUGCCCGAAAUUGUACGUUUCAAAAAAUUUUGAAAUUUGAUUUUUUAUUUCAUUCGUCAAUUCCCGAUAUGAUUCAUUGCUCUGAAAUAAAAAUCCCAAUAAAUUCCAUUUUCCAGACGAUUUCUGGCGUCUUGUUUGGCAAGAAGAAUGUGCCUACAUAGUCAUGUUAACAAGUCGAAAAGAAGCCGAAAGAUGUGCAACAUAUUGGCCAAAAACACCAAGUGACGCAUCAAUUCAAGUGAGCGGAAAUAUCCGCGUUGAGAAUUAUGGAGUUUAUCAAGCACCUGAUCCACUUUUCCGUGUCACUCAUCUUCGUUUAAUCGGGCCAAAUCGUGAGGAAAGACAUAUUGAACAUUGGCAAGGAGAUUUGAACAAUUCAUCCAAUUUGUAUUCGCCAUUGAAUAUUUUGAGAUUGCUGCGCAAUUCGACGAAACCUGUGAUCGUUCAUGAUUUCUUGGGAAUCUCGCGUGCUGCUUGUUUGAUUGCCGCCGAAAUUGCGAUUUGUAGUUUGCUCAAAGGGCCGACCUACAAAUAUCCGGUGCAGCGAGCCGUUCAAUUUUUGCGACAAAAACGACCGUUUUCGAUUGAAACUCCGAUGCAAUAUAUAUUUGUGCAUCGUGUUGUUGCAUUCUUUUUCAAGGAUGUGAUUGGAACGAUGAAGGAAUUUGAUGCGGAUUAUGAGAGGUAAGUGGCAUUUUUUUUGUGAAACCUACCAAGGGAGCCUUUUUUUUUGCUCAACAGGGGUGAUUCACGAACGAAAAAAAUGUUUAAAAAUAGUUUUUUAAACUUGAAAGAUCGUCGAAAAAACAUUGUAGGUCAAAUCUAGUUUCUCGAGUUGGAGUGAUUUCUGAUGAAAAUAAGCUUCGAGAACCUUAUUUUGCUUUAUUUUGUGAAUUUUUCGAAAUUCAUCGACAGCUUUUGGGGUCAUAAGAACACCCUAAAAAUUUUUGGACCUCUGAGCCAAGUUUUGGGCUCUCAAAAGUUCAAAAAUUGCCGAAAUUGGCUGAAAAAAGUUAGCAUAGCUCCAUUUCAAAAUAAUUUUUAAUUCAAAAUAAGUUUUGUUAAGUUACAGAUAUUGAUCAGCAUAGUCGAUUUACCAAAAAACAUUUUUUCAUAAAAUUUCAAAGUUUUUUAUUUUUUGGCCAAAAAUUCGUUUUUUUCAGAAAUCAAUAAUUUUUCUGAAAAUUUGAUUCAUUAAUGAAAAUUAUUGAUUUUGAAAAAAAUUAAUUGUCAGCCGAAAAAUAAAAAACUUCAAAAUUUUUUGAAAAAUUGUUUUUUAUUGAUGUAUUUUUAGUAAAAAAAAUGUAUCCCAAAAAUUAUUUUGAAUUGGAGCUAUGAUGAGUUUUAGGAGCCCAGAACUUGGCUCAAAGGUCCCUAAAAUUUUUAGGCUGUUGUUAUGACCCCAAAAGUUGUCAAUGGACAAAAUUUCAUCAAGAUCCGAGUAAAAAAGGUUGCCUUGUAAUUUUCCAAGGAAUUUUUCUCUCUCUUAUCCAAAAAAAAACCCAUUUUUCUCUACAGAUGGCUCGAAGAACGUUCCUCCCGCAUGUUCCUCGAUGAUAUUACCGAUCCGAUUCCCGGAUAUCGUCUCCUAUCACCAAAAGCUGAUCCAGAUCUCGUGAGAUUAGUCGGCCGUCCGACUCGUCCAAAUUAUCGUCGUGAAGCGCCGGAUUUGGUUGGUGAAAUGCCGGGAACUGUGUCGAAUGUUGAGAGUAUUUUAUCGCCUGCCGAAAGUUUAUUCGAUUUUUGAGCACCUCGCCGCCUUCUUCAAAAUGUAUAUAUUAUUAUUUUACUUACUCACCCCCUAACUCACUUAUUUUUUUUAUUUGCAUGGUUUUUUCUCACUCUUUUUGUACUAUAUAUAAAUUUUCCAAUUUCUCCCAAUGAUUUUUGCCACGAAUUGUUGGUUUUUGGCCGGGGUUUUUUCUCGUAUUUUGUGUUUGAGAAAUGAUUUUCAGAGAUUUUUGAACAAGUAAUUUUAGAGGUUGGAAUUAUGGAUCAAGCUAUGAGUUUGCAAAAGAUUAAGAAGAAGGUGAGGAUUUUUCAGAACUCUUAAAAAUUGAGAUUUUCAGCGCAAGAAAAGUUCCUGAAAAAAUUACGUUUCAAAAAAUGUUGAAAAUUUUCUCAAUGUGUAGAAAUUUCGAUAUCAUGCUGUUCGUCAAGAAUCACAUUUUUUCAUAAUUUUUCUUCUAACCUGAAAAUUGAAAAGUUAAUUUUCUCCAGUAAAAUUCAGAAUUUCUCAAAAAUUAUUUCUGCUCAAUUUUGUUCUAUCAAAAAUUAGCAAAUCCAGUUUUCAGCGUAAAAUUCUACGAAUUUUGACAUCAAAAAAAUUCCAGAAAACAUUACGUUUCAAAAAAUGUUGAAGAUUUUCUCAAUGUGUACAAAUUUCGAUUACUCUGGUCAAUUUUCGAAUUUAAAGCGUGCUAAAAUACCAUCAAAUUUUACACAGAAAGAAUCCCGAAAAAAUACGUUUCAAAAAAUUUUGAAAAUUUUUGAAUGAUGUGUAGAUGUGUUUUUGUAAACUUUAUUCAAAAAUUGAAAUUACGCUAAUUUUCUUCUCUGAGAACUUGAAAAUCCAGAUUUUCAGCUCUAAUAAAUUCUAAGAAAAAUUCCAAACGAAAAAAAUUCCGAAAAAGUACGUUUCAAAGAAUUUUGAAAAUCUUCUGAAUUUGUUUAAAUUUCGAUCCUGAGCAUAUUUUAUAUUUUGCAGACCUCCUGGUUCUCACUUCCCCAAGAACUUCGUGUCAAAAUCUGCGAACUAAUGACAAGCGAAACUCGCUAUCACUACGGAAUGUGCUCGAAACUUUGUGCCGAAGACGUCGUCCAAUGCCACAAUUAUUGUCACACACUGAAAUUCGACCAAAAACCCGAUAUUGUGAUGAUAAUGGUCAAUUUUCACGAGGAUAAUGGAAUUACUGAAGAGAUGUUUGUGAGAAAUUCGAUUUCUUGUACAGAUAUCAAGACCGAAAAAUAUUGUCACACAGAGUGGAAUUUCUACAUUUUCAAUGUGAAAUAUGAGGAGAAAUUGAGAAAUGUUGAUUAUAAAAUCGAGGGUGGAAAACAUUUCGAGAAAAUUAUCAAGAAAUGCCAGAAAUCCCUCAAAAAAUUGACCUGGAUGACGGUAAUUUAGCCUAACUCUUGAAGAUCCCAAAAUAUUUUCCUUAUAUUUUUAGAACGAUGUGAUUUUUGAUGAGAAUUGUAUUCGAAAAUUCCCACGUCUUGAAACUUUGAUAAUCGACACGGAAAAUGAGCAAAAUGUGCGAUUCUUGUUGGGAAAAUGUCCCGGAAUUAGAGAAUUGGAUUUGGAUUUGAAAAUGGAACGAGAAGAAUUUAUGGAUGAAAUUGUGCAAUUGAUUGAGGUGCUAGAGUCAUUUUACCUUGAAAAAUCUGAUUUUUCACAAUUUUUAACAUAUUCCAGACUUGCCAACCGCACAAACUCACAUUCCGCUCAAAAAUCCCAAUGUCAAACGCGCAAUUCCAACGAAUCGCCAAAAGUUGUGCGAUUUUCGAGUGUGCAAUUGGAAAUGUGAACACACGUGGAUAUAUUGGAUUCGUCGAAAUGUGGAAAAAUGGACAACUUCCGGAAAGAUUUCAGAAAAUGCGAUUGCAUUAUGACGAUAAUGUGGAUCGUAUUGUAUUGGAUGAUGUUUUGGAUGCGUUGGAUGUGGAGAUGAUUGAUGAAAUUUGGGAUGAGUGAGUGGAAAUUUGAAUUUUGGUGAAAAAUGGGCGAAAAAUCUUGAAAUUUCGUUGAAAAAACCACCUAAAAUGUAUAAUUUUUAUGAAAAACUAGAAAAUUCUGAAUUUUAGGUUGAAAAAUAGAUAAAAUUUGAUUUUUCCUAUCAAAAAUACAUGUUUUUUUCUCAUUUAUUUUCCCAUAAAAAUAUUCAUUGAUAUCAAAAAUGAUUGCUCAUGUUUACUAAUAUUAUUGAUUUUUCUCAUCCGUUCCAUUUUUUCAUAGCAACACAUUUUUCGUAUGGUUUUUUGCACUUUUUCCUUGAAAUUUUUUAUCCUCGAAAAAAUAGGUUUCAAAUUUUUGCCAAAAAAAAUAAUAUUGAAAAAAAAAUACUUGUGAAAGUGUUUUAUAAACAUUGAUGAAUUCUAUUAAAACCAUACAUUGCUCAUAUUAUAAUAACAACUAUCGAAAUAUUUCCAAUUUCCCUACUUUUCAGAGAUGGUCGAAAAUUGUUGUUUGAAAUGACAAGCAAAAAUCACCCAAAAAAAUUCGGUCAUUUCACCGCCAUCAUUCACGACGCGCGUAAAGAUGUCUAUUUGGAUUUCAAAAUUUUUUACGACGAAGAAGACGCCUAUUUGAAUAUUUUGAAAACAUUGAAAUGGAUGGAAAAACAUGGAAAUUUGAUUGGAAAAGAGUUUCAGGGAGGAUUUGAGAAGUUGCGAGAACAAGUUGAGAAAAUGGAUGAAUUUUGA